GUAUAAUAUUCCCAGUUCAUCUUUCAAAGCUCUUUGGAAAAAUCUAAGAGAUUGUUUCUUAAAAGAGAGGAACCUUCACAAACUUAAAAGUGGGUCAGAGGCUGGCCAUCAUAUUUCAUGGCCAUUCUACCAGGAUAUGCAAUUCUUGGUAGAUACUGUAACACCAAGGUUACAGCAGUCCUCUUUAGAUAAAGUGGACUCUACUCCUACAAACGUCAAUGAGAUAUUAAAUGAAAUAUCAAGGGUUAUAUGAAUGUGAUCUCAUUGAUAAUGAAAAUAUAAUAGAUGAUAAACUUAUUCCCAAACCUCCUAUAGAACUAAACCUUAAUGAUUCUGAAUCUAUCUCCUAUGUUCUAUCACCUCGUUCAUAUUAUAAUUGUCAUAAGAGAAAGAAAAAUGAUUUAGAUGACUUUAAGAAACUAAUAAAAUUAGAAGAAGAAAAAACAUUAAUAACCAUGGAAAUGCUUAAAAAUAAACCAACUACAUAUGGAAUAUGUCUUAUGUUGAAAGAAAAAUUAGAUGAUUGUACAAAUAAGGGAAAAAAGGAUUUAACAACUAUAAUAUUUGAUGCUACAAAAGAUUUUAAAUGUAUAAAAGAUUUGAAUUGA